UCGUUACAGUUUAAAUCAGAGAAAGUCAAAUGUAUGUUCGAAAUCUUGGCUAAUGCAACAAAGGUGGUGUACGAAUGUUACGAAAUUGACAAGUAUUUGUACGCUAUUGGGCUUAGCGUAGAUCCCGCUUAUCGAGGGUACGGAUUAGGCAAGGAUAUUUUGAAAAUCAGAUAUCUCCUCGGACCUAAGUACGGAAUACCAGCGACAGCCACUGUGUUUACAUCAAUAAUUUCGCAAAAGUCAGCAGCGGGUGUGGGAUUCGAAGAACUCCUGACGAAAAAAUUCGCUGAUUGCGUGGACGAGAAUGGAAAGGAAUAUUUCCCCGGUAUUAAGUCCAAAGAGUUUAAAGUCAUGGGUAAAAGAUUUGUCUAACAGCGAUUUUGGCUGGUCUGCACCAGUGUGCUACCAGUGUACAGUAUGGAGCUGAUGCAAAUGGGUACAGUGCAAUAACACCAACUGUCCCCGACUAAUUUGUGGGAGCCACUUUGUGUACACCCAACAUGUAUCUGUGCGAGAUACCGAGUUCAAACAAACACAUGACACUGGCGAGGGGCUGCAUUAUUCGUUCAGCGGAACAUAUAACACCCAAAAUGUGCAAUCGGUGCAUCCCAGCCGAAAUCGUUAUAAUAUGGUAAUGAACGUGGCGAUACUCAAGAAUCAUAAGAUUGACUUUAUUUUGUAAAGUAAAUUACACACAUAAAUAAGUUUCUGUCAUAAAUUAAAAUUCUACAAUGUCACCGUGAUUAGUGUGAUUGGAACGAAUAAUAACAACCAUCACAUCAUUAUCGGCUUGUAACAUUUUUGUAGA